GUCCCUACCACCCCACCCCCUUCACUGCGUCAGCUGACUGCGUACAGCUACAGGGGUUUGCUGUUGUCUGUUGCUGCCUAGCUGUCAGCUGAGUUUUCAUCCUUUUGCGGCGCAGUGUCCUUUCAUCCCUCUAACGGGACGAUUAUUAGAGGCCUCUCCCCGACAAGCUUCGAGGAGUACGAACGCCUACUACGAGUUUCUGCUUCCCUGCCCUCUGUAGGGUUUGAUUUUUGUGGUUUCUCGCUCGGAAGCAGGCAAACCUCCGACGAUAAUGGCGCUGAGCGACGCAGAUGUGCAGAAACAGAUCAAACACAUGAUGGCCUUCAUUGAGCAAGAGGCCAAUGAGAAAGCAGAAGAAAUAGAUGCAAAGGCAGAAGAAGAGUUUAACAUUGAAAAGGGCCGACUUGUACAGACGCAAAGAUUAAAGAUUAUGGAAUAUUAUGAAAAGAAGGAAAAACAAAUUGAGCAGCAGAAGAAAAUUCAAAUGUCUAACUUGCUGAAUCAGGCUAGAUUGAAGGUCCUGAAAGCCAGAGAUGAUCUCAUUUUGGAUCUGUUGAAUGAAGCUAGGCAGAGACUGGGCAGAGUGACAAAAGAUCCUACAAGAUACCAAACACUGUUGGAUGGACUUAUACUGCAGGGCUUUUAUCAACUGCUGGAACCUGUGGUGAUUAUUCGAUGCCGCAAGCAAGACACUGCUGUAGUUAAGGCCUCCAUCAACAAGAAUGUUCCUGUUUACCAGAACUGCAUAAAUAAAAAUAUUGAUGUUCACAUUGACCAGGAAAAUUUUCUACCUGAAGACAUUGCUGGAGGUGUUGAAAUGUAUAACUGUACAGGAAAAAUAAAGGUUUCCAACACUUUGGAGAGUAGAUUGGACCUCAUUGCACAGCAGAUGAUGCCGGAUAUCAGAAGGGCUUUGUUCGGUGCCAACCAAAACCGGAAGUUCUUGGACUAAAUGCUAUGCUUUAGACCUGGUAUUGUAUCCAAACAAUACAGUAAAAAGAUGUAAAAGUUACAGACAUAAUUUAAAGAAAAUGAUCUAUUGUACUUGCUGUUCUGUGGUGUUGUAUCUAAACUGUUUGAACCCACUUCGUUGGGUUGUUUCUGUAUCAUAACUACGGGAAACUUCCAAAAGGCAUUGGGAGAUCAUUGGGCUUAUUGAGAACUCCAGAUUAUUAAUGUCAGUCGUACUUUUUGUAUGCAUUAAACUGUUUUUCUUUCCCAAAUGUGAUCAAAGCUUUAGGAAUGUUGUUUCGUAGCACAAGAGUCAAUCAUUGCAGCACACAAGUGAUUUCCCUGAAUAUGAAGAAAAUAUUACAUCUCUCGUUGCUAUUAAGUCAGAUCUGUACUAUUUAAUUGCAUUGAAAUGGUCAUUUUGUUUUCAGGUACUGUAUGUGUAUAUAUGGUUCUGAAAUAAACAUCUUUUGCUGGAUCUUC